UGAAAAUUGUUGCGAAAUAAUUUGUAAAUCAUAAAACCUUCACCCAAUAGACAAAAUUGCGAUGAUCGUUUGCGUUAAUAAAUAGGUAAUGAUAAUAAAUAGUUUUGAUGUACUCGAAGAUGACCGAAUAAGGACAAAAACAUUUAUAUGUUCGAUAGCCAAUGAAUAAAAAAUAUAUCAGGGUCGAUCGAAUCGAGUGUUGAUCGUAAAAAGGAUUUCCUCGAAUGAAAAUCAAUGAUCGAAAGGCUCGAUCGAUACCCGUUGUCUUCUGUCUUUUCGUGAUCGAUAAUCCUGAUACAUUGGAAGAUCCACGAGCGAUGGCGUAUUAUUGGUACGGUCCUGCGAAGGUACCGUUAAACCUGACAGAGCGUUGAACCACGUAUGGUACGAACCGGCGCGACGGAACCAGCUUCGGUAGUUCCCGAAUUCCCAUUGAGAAGUACACUCGGGAUUACCGUGAUCCCGUGAACAAAAGAAAAGUCCUAAUAAAAGGAAACAGUCGUGCAAAAAAGUAGUCUACGGAUGUUUGCAUAAGUUGCGCCACUUGCGACCGGUGCAAACCGCGAUACCAGUUCAGACCAGUGACCAAAACGCAAAGGCUUCGUACAGAUUAUCCAGUGUGCAUCGAUACGUUGUCGGUUCGUCGUUAUAGUUGGCGAAAUUUAAAGACAAACAACGGAUCGCUUAAACGUUUCAAUUUAACGAUCAAAAUGAUAAAUCUGUGAUUCAACGUACGAUUAGAAUAUAAUGGACGAAACGAAGAUGAUCCAAAGAAAUGGCCAGACCGAUGGAAAGGGCCAAAAAUCGGCGAAAAAAGAGAAAUCGUUGUUUUGGACUUACGUACUGUGGCUAUUCGGAGGCCUAGUUGGCGCACACCACGUGUACUUGGAACGGGAUGCACAGGCAUUCGUAUACUUCAGCACUUUCGGUGGAUACGUGGGCAUUGGAUGGCUCCGAGAUAUCUAUAGGAUUCCUUCGUACGUGGCAGACGCGAACAAUGAUCCUCGUUUCCUCGAUGACUUCAAACACACAGUUCGGACCAAUCGCAAGCCACCGUUUUCGACAGCGCGAUUCGCUGCCGAAACCGCAGUCGCAUAUUUAUGGGCUGAAUUAUACCGUAGCGCUAUUCCGGAGGACGAGGUCUUCGGCAUUAACUUUCGACACCUCUUAAUCCUCACGCCUUUCGUCAUCGCUUUAGGUGUGUGGACAGUUGGAAAUAUCGGUAGGGAGCAAGGAUCCAUAUGGGUCGCUCUUGGGUCUGCGUACUUGCUUUAUCCAACUCUACCCUACAUCGGCGAUGACACCAUGUGGAUAUUCCUGAUGGUCGUAGUGUCCAGUUUGAGCUUCGAUACGUUCAGCAAGCAAUGGAGAUUGAAACCAAGAAAGAGGAACAGCCUCGUUCGAAGAGCAAUUUAUUUAGGUUUAGCUGUCGCGUUGUAUCUGUCUUUAAUUGGUUGCUAUCUGUACUUCAACGCAGUUAUUACCGACAGCGAGGGCGAAGAGAUCAAACUGUCCGAAGCUAUUCAGCAUUUCCUGACGUCACCUAUAUGGCUCGACCUUAAGGCUAGCCUCGAGGCAACCUGGAACCAAGCGAUGCAUCAAGGUUUCUGGGCAACGUGGGCCCAAUUGGUCGAUCUCACCGAUCCCCGGGGUGAAAUAAACGCUUACAAAGUUUUAGACCUUUCUCAAACAGCCACGCAAACCGAAAUAACAUCGCGUUGGAGGGCUCUUUCGAGGGAUAACCAUCCCGACAAGAUAAAAGGCACCGAAGAGGAGAGGCGACGGGCUCAGGAGAAAUUCAUGGAGAUUCAGCAGGCGUAUGAAAUUCUUUCAAAGGCGAAGAAUCGUAGACAACGCCGCAACAGAAAGUCGGAAUGACCUGGUGACGAUAGUGUCCUCGUAAAGGUUUAUUAUAAAGAUGUAUUUUUUAAUCGAUCGAAGAUAUAGACGGGGCUCGGA